UUGCAACAAAUUCCCCAGUGACAAGAGCUCGCUGCCCCCAAACCAGCAUCAUCAUGGCCGCCAGACAGAAGAAACCUGUGGCUGCUUCAGACGGUUCGACUGAGUCCAGAAGGGCGGACCUGAGAGCCAAGGAGAAGAAAUGCUCCUGGGCCUCCUACAUGACCAACUCUCCGACUGUGAUUGUGAUGAUUGGGUUGCCCGCCAGGGGGAAAACCUACAUGUCCAAGAAACUAACUCGCUACCUCAACUGGAUUGGAGUGCCGACGAAGGUAUUUAAUCUUGGAGUCUAUAGGAGAGAAGCAGUUAAGUCGUAUAAGUCCUAUGACUUCUUCAGACAUGACAAUAAAGAAGCAAUGGAAAUUAGAAAACAGUGUGCCUUGGUGGCGCUCAAAGAUGUCAAGGCCUAUCUGAGCGAGGAGGGAGGCCAGAUCGCUGUCUUUGAUGCCACCAACACAACCAGAGAAAGGAGAGAACUGAUCCUUAACUUCGCAAAGGACAAUGCGUACAAGGUGUUUUUCGUUGAGUCAAUAUGUGACGAUCCAGACGUGAUUGCUGAAAACAUUAUGGAUGUGAAGGUGUCUAGCCCAGACUACCCUGAGAGGAACAGAGAGAGCGUCAUGGAGGAUUUCCUGAAGAGAAUAGAGUGUUACAAAGUGACCUACAAACCUUUAGAUCCAGAUGAACAUGACAAAAACCUGUCCUUCAUCCAGGUCAUCAAUGUCGGCCGUCGCUUCUUGGUCAACAGGGUGCAGGACUACAUCCAAAGCAAGAUAGUCUACUACCUCAUGAACAUCCACGUGCACUCCCACUCCAUCUACCUCUGUCGACACGGAGAGAGCCAUCACAACGUGGAGGGACGCAUCGGGGGCGACUCUGAGCUGUCAGAGAGAGGGAAACAGUUCGCAGCAGUGCUGAGGGGCUUUGUGGAAGAGCACCAGCUGACAGACCUCAAAGUUUGGACCAGCCAGCUGAGACGCACCAUUCAGACGGCAGAGGAGCUGGGCGUUCCCUACGAGCAGUGGAAGAUCCUUAAUGAAAUAGAUGCUGGAGUGUGUGAAGAGAUGUCGUAUAAGAUGAUUGAGGAAAAGUACCCAGAGGAGUUUGCCAUGAGAGACCAGGACAAGUAUCAUUACCGUUACCCUGGUGGAGAGUCCUACCAGGACCUGGUGCAGCGAUUGGAGCCGGUCAUCAUGGAACUGGAGCGUCAGGGCAACGUUCUGGUCAUCUGUCAUCAGGCCGUCAUGCGCUGCUUGCUCGCAUAUUUCCUGGACAAAGGCGCAGACGAUCUUCCCUAUUUGAAGUGUCCCCUGCACGCUGUUCUGAAGCUCACCCCUGUGGCUUACGGUUGCAAAGUGGACAUGUUUGACCUGAAGGUGGAGGCUGUCAACACUCACAGGGACAGGCCACUGAAUAAAGUCCAAACAGACAACGUGCCGGCAGGUUUCUUCCGAAGGAACAGCUUCACUCCGCUGUCCAGCCAAGACCAGAUUAAACGGCCUCGUCUUUACAGCAUGGGCAACCCUCCACAUGCCCGCAUGUCUCAGCCCCCCACUUUACCCAGCAUGCAGUGCUCCGAGGCGUCUGAAGGGCCAGAACUGCUACAAAGCGAGGACUCUCUGAACGGGUUCAGCGCUGUAGAUUCGGAUGAGUGUGUUCGGAGUUGAGGGAGAAACAGGCUUUCCUCCACCCUGGUGUAUCAUUACUCCUGAGGACCAGCAGUGAAACACCAACCAGCUUCAGCCAUUAAGUUCAUGAGCACUGUAUUACACACCGCACCUGUGUAACCUUGUGUGUCAUCUCUUCGUUUUUUUUUUUUUUUUAGCUGGAUAGCAAAGGUUUGUUUGCUUGAGUAUGUGUGUGCACACACAGUUAGGUCCAAACGUUGAUUGGACACCGACACACUUUUUUUGUUGCUGUUUUAGACUCUCUGCUUUCAUUUGGGUUUAGUUUUAGCGAUUACAUUUGAGCCCAUGAUUAUAGGGGUUUAAGUAUCAAAAUGCUGGUAAUUCCUCCACCUUUCCUCCAGUUUGGAUGGGAAUACCCACAAACUAAAGCUGAGAGUCUAUAUCUUUUUCAGGGACAAAUGUUUUUUUGUUUUUUUUUGGUAACGGCUAAAAUAACAACAAAACUUAGUGUCCAAACUAAUGUGCACUUCAUUCUGGACGGUUGUCCGUGUGACAAAGAUUGUUAGUAAAAACACUCUGACUGUCCGUACGUUAGUUCUAACACACUCCACGUGGUUAUGAUGGGUCCCGGUCGUAUUUAGCUGUAGAUGUAGAACAUGUUGAUUGUGACUAGUAUACCUCAGUGGAAGCUACUGCCUUCAUCCUUAGCGAAAUGAGUGCCUCUCAUGAAGGAAGCCUUAAUUUGUUUUUAGAUUGUUUCCUUGUCUCAAAUUUAAACAUUCCUCUAUAAUGUGCAUCGUUCUUCUGGUGAUAAUGACAGAUGUUAUGAAGUUUAAUUUAAGCGUAUGAUAACUGCAGUUUAGUACGCAGACAAAAUGUGGAUCGAUUGUGAAUGAAAAUGUGUAACGAUUAAGUUCCUCUGUGAUAAUUGUUUCAUUCUUCUCUUAUAAGAUGUCUACUUUAGCCUGUUGUUGUCUUCUUAAUAAUAUAACGUAUUCUGCUAUGAUAAUGCAAAGCAAAUUUGAAACAAACACUGCAAGCAAACACUGAUGCCAGCAGUUCAGAGUAUGCAAAUGUUCAACAUAGAGAACAUAUGUUGGUGUGAUUUAAGUAAGCUUUAGUUUCCUCACAAGAAAAGAACUAAUCACUUUGUGUACUGAUACGACACUGUAGCGCUACAUUCACAGUAUCCAAAUGGAUCACAUCCAUUCACUUUGUUUUAGGACCAGGAAUAAAGAAGUGCCUUUUAUUUAAAGGAAUGAUUCCCCUGAAUCAAACUAUUGGAAAUACAUUUGGAUGUCUUUAAAAAGCAUUUACGUUAUUGCACCUCUGUGAAAUAGAAUAAAGUGAAUUUUGCACAAUU